CGGCAGCACCCAUGUGCCAUAAAAAUUUGUAUAUUUUAGUCUUUUUUGCGCAUCAUUAUAUCCGUAGUUUUCACUGUUUUCAGUUUUUCGUUGACCCGGUCAAUUUGAGCUGCAACAGUUAACAAGAUCUAAUAUAAAUAAUAUAACAGUGUGUAUAUUCAUGGACAACUAAAACACUUAAAUCCGUCCAACGUCAAAUCAACAUUAAGCAAAUCGUCGUUUCAUCCAUGACAUAAUAGGUUACAUUGUUACCACGGACUAAGAUUAUAAUCAUAGUUCAUGAUUGUUACGUUAGGCCCAGUUUAUUCUAUCUUGGCGUGCGGUUUCGUAAAUUAUGUACUAGUAUAUAUAGUGGUGUUUACCUAUGUAUUUAAUAUUUUGUGGUGAUAUUUAUUAUUGAACGAAGAUAUCUUAGUCCGUGUUUAACAAGUAUGAUGAGUACACACCACUCGAUAGGUAUCUGAUAAUUACUUGGAAGCAACAGUCUUGAUGACAUUGUGAUUUACCGUCGCGAUUGAACUCGAAGUCUAAAUACUCUAAAUUCCGAGCUGAUAGCUAUCGUGAACUGACAUAAUCAAUCGUCAUCUCUGAAUGGUCGAACAAUUUAUCAAUCUUGUCGUUAAGUAUUAAUCGUAUAGGCGUCACGUCAACUUACAGAAAACGCCCAAUUUGCGUUUGUUUUUGUAUACACUUCAGAAAAUGUAUGAAGCUAAGGAAUUAGAUACACAAGAUAAGUUAGCAUACAUGAAUUCAUUGAUAAAAACUCCAGUCUCCAUUGUAGGAGAAUACGCCAAUAAAUAUCACCUUGUUCCUCAAUAUGAUCUCAUAUAUAAUGGUUAUUUAUCUUCUAAGGUCAGAUUUGAGUAUAGCCUAACUAUGGGUAAAUAUGCUACUGUUGGCGUAGGGUCUUCCAAAAAAGAAGCCAAGCAAGAGGCAGCUCUAAAUCUACUUGGAAUAAUGAUUGAUGAAAAACCUGAGUUAUUGGAUACUGAUUUUAAAAUAUUUGAUUCAGAUAAGUACACGGUCUCUCAAUUUGAUAAUAAUGUUAAAGUUAAUGCAAUUGGGAAAUUGAAUGAAAUUUGUAAAAAAUAUCAACUGGAACUGCCUGAAUUCAAUUUAAUUAGAGAAGAAGGACAAUGUCACGCUAAACUAUUUACUGUCAGUUGUCGUGUAGCUAAAAUUAUUGAAAUAUCAUCGAACAAAACAAAAAAACAGGCCAAACAAUUGGCUGCUUUUCAGAUGAUAAACAAAUUAAUGUCUAUUGACAAGUCAUUCAUUAUGGAAGAGAAACAGAAUGUAUCAGACGCAAUGAAAGUUCUAGAACGAGUUGAAAUGAUUAAAUCAGAGCAAAUAAAAAAAUCUGCAUCCAUGAAUAAAAACAUAGUUAAUUAUCAUUUACUUUUCAAAAAAACUGAACGGAUAAACUCAGAUUUAUUAAAUAAUGUUGUUAAUCAUUAUAACAAAUAUAAUGAAUUAGAUUUACUUAAACCUUUUAAACUAUUAUGCAGAAUUGUCAACGAAUGUGGAAUGUACCUGAUUGCAAAAACCAUAAAUACAGAAUUACUUGAUAAAAAUUAUAAUUGUAUAUAUAUGCUUUCUGUAGAUAAUGAUAUAUACCCUCCUGUUUAUGGUUUGGGUAUGGCUGACAACAUUGAAAAUGCUCAGCAAAUUGCUGCAAAAGAGUUACUCAUUGCUUUUUGUAUACUUUUAAAAUAACUACACUUAGUUUAUUUUUAUCCUGAUUAUUCGAUAGAUAAAGUGCAAACUAAGCUCUGAAUUUUGUCAAUUCUCAUGAUCAUGCCUGAAUUAAUUGAUUUAAAAAGUAAGUAUUAAAAGGAUGUAGUACCCACGUGUGUUGUCUCCGUUUUACACACGUACAACAUAACAAAUUUUUGUUCACUGGUUUCAAUAUUGUGAUGUUAGUUUUGGUAUUUGAAUGAACUGACCUAUUUUAAAAUUUAAAAGUAAAUUAUUAUCCAAGGCAUCAUGUAGCCUUUUAUUGACAUUAUUAUUCUUAAGUAAAUUAUGAUCAAUCUAACAUUAAUAUCAAAACUAACUGGGCACAAUAUUAAAACUGGUGAACGAAAAUUUGCUAUGUUGUACGUAUGUAAGACGGAGACAACACAUACGGGUACUAUGUCCUCUUAAGCAUACAAUAUAAGUACAUUGCAUAUUAUUAUUGAAAAUCAAAAAGAAAUGUUUAAUUAACAUUGUAUAGUGGUUCAU